AUGCUCUCCUCGCUGUUGAAGAACUCGCCGGCCUGCCAGGAUCCUGUUCCAUUCAUGCGCUUGCCACCCGAGAUACGUGUGAUGAUAUAUGAACGCACGUGGACUGUAGUCGACUGCCCUUGGAUCAUGACCGUGCGAGCGGGUCGACGUGGAAAUGGGAACAGGCAUGCUACCAGCAUCGAGUACUGGCUGGGACCUUCUCCAGAGCGUCAAGUCCAGUACCCAAAGGUCAUCAUGUCGAUGGAUCCUCGCAUCAAGAACGAAUUCGUGCACGAGCUCUGUGCCAAGUUUCCUGUCCAGAUGUACGCCAGUGGCCUCUUUACUGAGCGUAUCCCCGGUCUCAGCAUUCAUGAACCGUCUGUCUUCCUCAACCACCUUCAAGAUUUCCAGAUUCGGGAGCUUCAUGACGAUAUUUACACAACAGCAUCGGAGACAAAGCAACCGCAGGCCCGCCGCGCGGACUUGCACCCUCUCCACCCAAACAGCAUGUCCCGCGUGUCCGCCUCGUACAAGAAGCAGGAUGGCGUUCUCUCCGUGUCCCAGGACAACCGGACCGUCCUCUGGACGCCCGCCGCACCCCCGGGCGCCCCGCCGUCGCUGACCAUCGCCGUGUCCGACAUCACCAACCUGCAGCAGACGCCGGCCACGAGCGCCAAAGUCUCCAUCAAGAUCGUCGCCACCGAAUCAUAUGUCUUCGCCUUCACCUCUCCGACUGCGCGCGAUGACCAGGUCGCCAUUACCAACACUCUUCGCACCGCCAUCGAAGCCGCCAAGGCGCGCAGCGCGGCGGCCUCCAAUGCCCCCACGCCCGCCCCUGCGCCCGACAACACCGGCCAGCCGUCGGCCAUGGCGAUAGCGAAGGCCGUGUCGGGCCAGACGCCGGCGCCAGCCACCAGCGCGAGCGGCGCAGAAAGAGGAGACGACGACGGCAUGUACACGGACGAGCGGCUGCUGGGGGACGUGGAGCUGCAGCGGUCGCUGCUGAGCAAGGACCUGGGGACGCAGAAGCGCUUCUACGAGGCGCUCAAGGGCAAGCCCGAGUCGAUCUCACACUCGCAGUUCUCGAAGCAGUUCUGGUCGACUCGUGUGCACCUGCUGCGGGCGCACGCCGUGCAGCUGAGCCAGCAGCACGGCCCGGUCAACGCGCUGUCGGCCAUCAAGCUUAAGAUCCGCGACGACGGCACGCCGCAGACGACGCUGACGCGUGGCCAGAUCCAGACCAUCUUCAACCAGCACCCACUGGUGCGUAAGGCGUACAACGACUUGGUGCCACCCAUGGGCGAGGUCGAGUUCUUCGCGGCCUUCUUCGCUAGUAGGCUGUACAAGAGGCUGAAGGGAGAAAAGAUCACGGAGAUGGACCCGACGAAUCCCAAGUUUGACAAGUAUCUUAAUGAUACCGAGGAGAAUGAGAAAGCGAAGGCAUUGAGCGUGGAGCAAUUUCCUCAUUUCUUGGAUAUUGAGGGCAACGAGUCGAAUCACAGUCAGCGCAAGGGCAACGCACCAGACAUGACCAUGCGGCCAAGUGGGCAUGAUAAGGUCCCAAUUCUGAGGAGUUUGAACCGAGUCAGUGGGCACAUGAUGGCAGACGUCACGCCGGCAGACGUGGAUCCCCAUGCACCCGCAGGCGUAGAUGAGUCGACUUGGGAGCAAUUACGGUUGAAAGAUUUGCAGCGGAGUGACGAAGACAACCGCGUCAUGCUCAAGAUCAAGGAUCAAAGGCAAUUCUUCGCCCGUGACAACAAGUCAUCUGCGGAAGCGCAGUUCUACGCAAAGCAAGUGCCGUCGGAUGUCCUCAAGACGCUUCGCCGUGAACUCGAUGGCGGAAGCCUACAGGUCGGCGGCAACGGCGUCAACCUCCAAAGCGUCAUCAACGUAGAUGACAACAGUGACAGCGACGAGGACGCCAAGAAGCCGGCUCCCGAGCGCGUUGGGACAAAGGCUGCGCGCGGCGCGGCGACGACGCAGAUCCUCUCGGCCAUCAAGCAGCGCCGCGCGCAGAACAACGACUACUCGACGCCGCUGGGCACGUUUGCGGUCGUCGAGUUCGGCAAGACGGGGUACGGGCUCAGCGAAAGCUCCAUCAACGCGCUGACGCUCACGCACAACACGACGGUCGAGUUCCUGCACUACUUCUGGGCCGUGUACGGCAGCGGCGAUGCGGACCGCGCGGGCGAGCUGGGGACGCUGGUCGAGACGCUGGAGAGGUCAAUCGAGCGGGUGAAGGCGGUGGCGGAGGAGGCGGAGAAGGAGCGCCAGCAGAUGAUGGCAGACGCGAAGAAGCGCAUCGAGCAGCAGGCGGCGCGCACGGGUCGCCGCGCGCGGUUCGACGAGCGCGCGUUCAAGGGCGGCCGGGCGGCCGUCGAGAGCGUCAUGCGCCCCACGGUCGAGGCCGUCAAGAAGGCCGUCAACACGUACAGGGAGGAGCUUAAGAAGCAGAUGGCGCUGGCACAGCAGGCGGCUGCCGCGAGCGGUGCGACGGCGGCGUCGUAG